CGCAACUUUACUUACAAAGCACUAAGCAAGAGACUCACCAAAACCAAACAUAUAUUGUGACUUUCCUUCUCAUUUGUUCCUCUGAUCUGUGGCGAUGGCUAGCCUGAAGGUUGCAUGCAUGGUUGCGGUGGUUUUCAUGGUCGUGGUGAGUGCACAUAUGGCACAUGCUAUCACGUGCAAUCAAGUGGCCAGUUAUGUGGCUCCCUGCUUCAGCUACCUCACAAAAGGCGGAAAUCCGUCGGUGGGGUGUUGCAGCGGAGUGAAGAACCUGAACUCCCAGGCGAAGACCACCGCUGACCGCAAGACCACGUGCAACUGUCUGAAACAGCUUUCCGGUUCAGCGUCGGGUAUCAACCCGGGCAACGCCGCUUCACUCCCAGGCAAAUGUAAAGUCAAUGUCCCCUACAAGAUCAGCACCUCCACCAACUGCAAUACCAUCAAGUAAAAGAUAGAUAUGGUAAAAGGAAGAGAUGGCAAGGAGGGGAAUUUUUCAGUGGCAGAAUAUAUAAUAGUAACGUAGACAUAGGUAAUGAAAAAUAAAGGGAGGUCGACGAGGGCUCCACUUGUGCGAGUCUCUCUUGGUGUCGGUGUGUCCCUUAGUUGUUUCCGACGUUGUUCCACUUUUAUGUCUUCUGAAAUUUGUCUCCGUUGGUUGUUUCAUGUAAUAAUGAUAUAUAUUAUAGCACUGUAAUUCCUUCCUA